ACUGGGGAUGUUGCAAAUGUGAUUCUGCACAGCAAACAACGUGGGUGUUGUGCGCGCGCGCGUGUGUGUGCGUGCGUGCAUGUGUGUGUGUUUUGGUGGGGAGUGUAGGGGCAGAGGAGGAGAGCAGCAGACAUGAGACGCGUGUGUCUAUUAUACCUCCUGCGUUAUGGCGUGUGCUCCAUCGCUGACUGACCACAGGCUCCAUUUCACCUGUAUGAACGACCUUGCGUUUCCGACCGAAAUUUGCCGACCGAGGUUUCCAUGGAGGAUCAGUGUGUCGCUCUUUUCCGUCAGGGCUGAAUUUGGUUCCUGCGGCUCGCACCGUAUCUCGAGAUAAGAGGUCAACAACAGGCCCCCCCUCCCCCCCUCCCUCGGAGAACAAGAGUGCCAUUUCAAAGCUUAUUGGAUGAAAGUCUCAUUUGCCCUUGGCUGCCAAAGAUGACGUUGCUAUGGAAACAGUUUCUGCUGUUAUCAAUCAUUGACUGUCUGGCAGAUUGUCUAGACAGUGGAUCAUAUCACGGUCCAAGAUGGAGGAUGGAGCCAGGUGACUUGUUCAUUCCCGUCGACUCCAUAGAAGAAGAGGCCACUCUGACUUGUGACGCUAAGGGAACGCCUCCUCCACAGUACAGAUGGUCACUGAAUGGGACCCUCAUAAAUCUGGGCCAGGAUCCCCGGCGGCGUCUGUCUGGGGGCAACCUCAUUAUAAGCAGCCUGGACCGCCAGCAGGAUGUGGGGGUGUUCCAGUGUAUGGCCUACAACACUGUAGGAGCCAUCCUCAGCCGGAGAGCCAGUCUGCAGUUUGCCUACUUAGAUCAUUUCAAAGUCCACACCAGAAGCGCGGUGUCAGUCCGAGAGGGACAAGGAGUGGUGCUACUUUGUGGAACGCCCACAUCCUCAGGCGACCUUUCUUAUGCAUGGAUCUUCAACGAGUAUCCAUACUUUGUUCAGCAAGACAAUCGGCGUUUCGUGUCCCAGCAGACGGGAAACCUUUACAUUUCCAAGGUGGAGCCCUCGGAUGUGGGUAACUACACUUGCGUAGUGAUGAACAGCGUCACGAAGGGCAAAGUUCACAGCUCACCUACGUCUCUGAUCCUCAGGACAGACGGAGUGAUGGGUGAAUACGAGCCAAAAAUAGAAGUUAAUUUCCCAGACAAUGUACCCGCCGCUAAAGGAUCAACAGUUACACUGGAGUGUUUCGCCCUUGGGAACCCCGUCCCAGAGAUCACCUGGAAGAGGGCGAACGGCGUGCCCUUCCCCAGCAAAGUCAAGAUGAAGUACUCGAAUGCCGUGCUGGAGAUCCCCAGCUUCCAGCAGGACGACGCCGGAGGGUACGAGUGCUUGGCUGAGAACAAGAUGGGGAAGAACACAGCCACCGGUCGACUUGCUUUUUAUGCCAAGCCUCAGUGGAUCCAGACCAUGAAGGACACGGCCCUGGCCAUAGAGGAGAGACUGUACUGGGAGUGUCGAGCCAAUGGCAAGCCCAAGCCCUCCUACACGUGGCUGAAGAACGGCCAACAGCUUCUCUCCGAGGGCAGGAUCCAUGUGGAGGACGGAGUCCUGUCAGUGUCCGCGCUGACACUCUCUGACGCCGGCAUGUACCAGUGUGUGGCUGAGAAUAAACACGGUGUCAUAUAUUUCGCUGCUGAGCUGAUGGUUUUAGCUUCUCCUCCAGACUUCACAGGGAACGUCCUCAGAGCUUUGCUCAAAGCCAAGGCAGGAAGUACAGUGACUUUAGAGUGUAAACCUCAGGCCUAUCCCAUCGCCAGCAUCUUAUGGAAGAAAGGAAACCUGCCCAUCCACACCAACGACAGGAUCACACUUUCUCCAGAUGGAACGCUGAGGCUUGCCAACGUGAGCAAGUCGGACGCGGGCAGCUAUACGUGCUUCGCUCGGAAUAGAUUUGGCAUGUCGAGCACGACAGGACGGCUUCUCGUUACCGAUCCAACCAGAAUCAUCCAGGGGCCUGUGAACAUGGAGAUCAUCGUUGGCGAGAGCAUCGUGUUACCGUGUCAGGUCGCCAGUGACCCCGUCCUUGACGUUUCCUUCUCCUGGGCCUUUAACGGACAGCUCAUCGCCAAGGGAGACGGUCACUUUGAGCACGUGGGUGGGCGCACAGCGGGAGAUCUGAUGAUCAGAAACAUUCAGCUUUUCCAUGCCGGCAAGUACAUCUGCGUGGUGGACACAGACGUGGAGAGCCUGUCAGCUGUGGCUGUAUUGAUUGUGAAAGGCCCCCCCAGCCCACCAGACUCUGUGACGGUGGAGGAGGUGACAGACAGCACAGCUCAGCUGACCUGGAGCCCAGGCAGAGACAACGGCAGCCCCAUCACCAAUUACCUCAUCCAGACCAGGACCCCCUUCACUGUGGGCUGGCAGCGGGUCAACACAGUCCCUGAGAUAAUUUAUGGGAACACGCUGACAGCCACUGUGGUCGACCUCAACGCCUGGGUGGAGUACGAGUUUCGGGUUUUGGCCAAGAACAGCGUUGGAGUCGGAGAACCCAGCCCUGUGUCCGUCAAGACCAGGACAGAGGACGCAGUCCCUGAUGCAGCUCCCGGUGACGUGGGCGGAGGAGGCGGAAGCAGAUCUGAACUGGUCAUCACAUGGGAGCCUGUCCCCGAAGAACUGCAGAAUGGUGAGAGCUUUGGUUACAUCAUUGCUUUCCGCGCCUUCGGAGAAGUCAGCUGGACCCACGUGGCCACCUCCGCCCCCGGCGCGUCGCGCUACGUGUACCGCAACGACAGCAUCCUGCCCUUCUCUCCGUUUCAUGUCAAGGUCGGAACUUACAACAGCAAAGGACAGGGUCCCUUCAGCCCUGUGGUCACCAUCUACUCUGCAGAGAUAGAGCCAAGUGGGAUGCCAGCAGGAGUUUGGGCCAGAAGUGUCUCAGCCUCCGAGAUUGAGGUGAAUUGGCAGGCGAUCUCCUUCACCCCUGAAAGAGUUCUGGGCUACGAGGUGGUUUACUGGGAGGACGACACUAAACCGGAGACCAUGGGGAAGGUCAGGGUGCCUUGGAACCAAACCUCGGUCACAGUGAGCGGCUUGGCUGGAAACACGCAGUAUUUCCUGACAGUCAGCGCCUUCAACACAGCGGGGACCGGCCCCUUCCUCCCUGCAAUCAAUGUUACCACAAAAAAGCCCCCACCAGCUCAGCCUCCACUCAACAUUGAAUGGACUCUAAUUGGCUCUCAGCUGUCUCUUUACUGGGAACCUGUGGUGGCUAUGGAAUCAGAGUGUGAAGUAACGGGCUACCAACUGUCAUACAGGAGGCAGAGACACAAAGAGGUAAACACACUCACGACAUCCAAUUGUACAGCAGAGCUGACCCUCCCCGAGGACGACGACGACUACAUCAUCCACAUUCAGACUCUGAGUGAAGGAGGGCUCGGCCCGGCCUCGGACCCUAUACGAAUCCACCAAUUAAGUAUGAGUGCCCGUGGCUCGAGAGCCUGGAGCCUGGACAUCUCGCCCCUCUCCCUGAUCCUCGCCCUCGCAAUAUCAACAUUCAGGUCAACGUCAUGACACAAAGACAGAUUCUGCUAUUUUUCAACGUCCAAUCUUGCUUUGUGUUUUUUUUUUCCCUUUAAUUUGUGAAAGUUGCCAGUUUUUUCUCUUUUCUGGAGGUGCCACCAUACUACAGUAUUUUGCAGUGUUUGCAGGUAUGAAGCAGCACACGAGCAGAGUGUGCUGUCAGAUACUUUAUUAACAGUAAAUGCUUGAGCUUUUUUUUGACAUAGGUCUGUUUUAAUAUUUUUGCUGGUUGGGAACAAUGCUCCAUUUCAUCUCUUUUUAUUUCCCUUUUUAACUCUAGAAUGAUACGAUGCCUUACUUCCAUUCAUGUGCCAAAGUAGUUUCAGCCUUGUUGUUAUUGCUAAGAUUGCUACAUGCUUUUCUCAAAACUUUAGUCCUCACGGUUUCUUAUUAAUGGAGGUCUCAGUGUCAGAGGGCCAUGAUGAGAAGUUGUGUUUUGUAUUUUUCAAUAUUUUCAGAUUUCUUUUCUGAAUCUGAUUUGGUGAGAAGGAACAUGUUCAUUCACCCGUGUCCGUGCCUUCGGAGGUUCUUGUAACGGCGUCACUUAUAAUCACUAGUCAGUGAUACUUUGGAUCGAACUGCAUCCGUCUUCAUCUUACCGUGUGCCAUUGACAGUUGGUUGAUGAAACUGGGCCCACGGUGCCGGUGUUAUUCAUUCGCCUUUUUAUCAUUUGAUUGUGGUAAUCUGAAUGUACCAUGAGGUUUUAAAGCAACACUGUGUAACUUUUGCUGAGCAUGAGCGCCCUCUGUAGACACUCGAGGUGAAUCAUUCUGUUGUCCUUGGUUUCUCGAGCAAUUCUAUCAAUCUCUUGACUGCGUAGUCCCACUCACUGAACUAAAAGACUACUGAAUGGUGGAUAUUACCCAUGAUCCCCGGCUUCCUGAACCAGAAGAGCUGCCACUGUAACAAG